AUGCCGGUGGGCCGUGGUUGUAUAUUGGCAAGCUGUGGAUUAUGUGGCUGCGAAGGCGUCGCCAAAACGGAAGGCACAGACAUCGACGGAUACGGCGCCAAAUUUUGCGUGGCAGAGGCCAAAGAGGGCAACUGUGCUGGCGGUUCCAUCGUGGGAGCUGCAGCUAAGCGUUUUGAAGGCUGUUGGAGGAGAUCGGCCAUGGAUUUGCGCUUCAGGUCUGGUAUCCUUAUGGGCCCCUGGAGUAUUUGCCCCGUGACGGCCAAGCACUGUUCCAUGGUGCGGCCUGACCCUCCAGUGUUAGUAUACUAG